AUGAACAAACUUAGUGCCGUAGGAGCAGAAACAGAAACAUGUUUGGAUGAGGUUGGGGACCGAAAGGCUAUGUCGGAUGUUCUGUUAAAUUCUACACUACUUUGGGAGAAUGCAUUGGACAUUGGAGCUAACACACCAGGGAUCUUUCAACGACCAUCCUACAUUCCUAUUGGUGGACGGCAGCUUCCUGGCAACGAUGGAAGAGGAUAUCCAAGGACCACCUUGAGCCCUUUGUUUAAAAAGCACAAGACGUCACCACGUAACAUCCUCUCUGCUUCUAUCUCUGCAGUCCUCAAGGCAAUGACUGAUGCCGAUUCAUCCUUUGAUGGCGUCGUUGGUUCUAAUGAUCAAGCGAUAAGUGAUUGCCAUGAGCUUGUGGGGUUUGCAGUUGACAAUCUUCAUGAUUCAUUGAAUAUAGUCGAAAAGAAUGAUCUCCCUACCAUCCUUGAGAGAAAAGAUGACCUCAUGACGUGGCUUAGUGCCGUGGUUUCAGAGCAAGAAACGUGUUUGGAUGGGUUUGAGGACCGACCUAAGUUAAGGAAGGCUACGUCGGAUGUUCUAUUAAAUUCCACCCAACUCGCGUCCAAUGCAUUGGCCAUUGCAUAUAACACACCAAAGAUCUUUGAGAGAUUCUUCAUCCCGAUUAGCACAAGUGGUGGACGGCGGCUACCUGGCAAUGAUGGAAGAGGAUAUCCGUGGUGGUGGAUGUCUAAGCCCUAA